AUGACCACCAACGAGCUGCAGGCGGAGAUCGAGACCACCAAACUGAGGCUGCAAGCAGCAGAGGCGCGGUCUCGCGAAAUUGAUGAAGAAAUUCUGCGGGCCACGGAGCGGCAACGGUUGCGACGGGAGCUGGAACAGCUGCAAGAGAAGCUCGAUGAUAGGACACAGGCGAACCUGGCGGACGAAGCAUUCACAAGAGAUAUCGACGCGGACGAGGAUGGAGAUUUUGUCGCUUUGCCGCCUUCGGGUCAAGCGGUCCCACAGCAUACCCAGAAAAGCAGUGUGUUUGCCGUUGAGGAUGUGUGUACGAACUUCGGCCAUAAAAUCCUGAAAGGGGAGUUCACAUGGAACCUUCUCUCAAUGUCUUGGCUUCAAACGGCACUUCUCCAAGAACGUAGACCUUUUGCGGACUGUGGCAUGUGCCUUGCAGACGCGAUCUCGUUCAAGUUUGUUUACAAUCCCUCCGCUGGCCCUCUCGGGUGUAUGACUCAUGGCAAGCACAUCUGCGGUUCCCUUGCCAUACGGUCAUUUGCGUUCGUACCAGACGGGCCCUUGACAUUGCAAUACGCGCUGCGCUACAGCAUAUACGUCAAAAAGAGUAACGGGGACUUUGUCCAGUGGGGUUCUACACGCGAUGUCGUCCUGAGCUCUGAUAGUUAUGGGCUGGCCCAUGGCCCGGAUGUGCACGUAGAAGGAUCCCCUCCGGCAGCAAUCGGAGUCUUUGGUCUGACACAUGAGCAACUGUUGCAAUCAGAGUGGGUCCACGACGACACUUUGACUUUGAAGUUCGUUUUGGAAGUCCGUUGUCCUGGAAUCCUUCGCACAGAGGUUGCGGCCGUGGAUUCCGUGGAUGUUCCGGAACCGACCCUGCAUCGCGACACGCUGGCUCUACUCGAGGAAGCUGGUUGCAGUGACAUGCAGUUUAGGGUGCAGGACAGGGUGAUCCCGGCUCACUCUCAAGUUCUUUGUGCCAGAUCGGAGGUGCUCAAGAAGCAGCUGAACUCUGGAAUGCAGGAGUCCAAAUCCAAGGUUAUCAUGAUUGAAGACUGCAAUGUGGUCACCUUCAAAGCCUUUUUGAGGUUUCUCUACACUGACACCCUGCCCACUGCAGAGGAGCUUGCAGCGGAGCCGUCGAGCCAAAAUUUGAAAGAAGAUGGCAGUCGGCAUCCGUCACCGAUGGAGGCUUUGUGGACAGUCAGUCACAAGUACCAGGUAGAGCGGCUUCAGCGGUGGUGCGAAGCGCAGCUGUGCAAACAGCUCAGCUCAGAGCGGGUCUGCAGCAUCCUUCGCCAGGCACACGUUUUCGAGGCCACACAGCUCGAGAAGGUUUGUCUCUCCUACAUCAAAGACAAUUUUGCUGAGGUGCUCAAGCUUCAGGCCUACAGUGAUCUCAUGAGCAAAUGGCCUGAGGUUGCCCUGAAGGUUCAACUCUUUUCGACCGGUGUGUCAGAAAGCGAGGCAGCUGCAGUCGUGCAGGCUCGCAAGGUACGAAAGUUGGAGGAUGGAUCGGAGAAGACUGCAUAG